AUUUAAAUCAUUUACAAACAUACUUUACUUAAUAAUAUAUUACUUAAAGUGAUACUUCACCCUAAAAUGAAAGCUCUUCCAAAUCUGUGUACAUUUCUUUGUUCUGAUGAACACAGAGAAAUAUAUUUGGAAUAGUACUUACAACCAAACAGAUCUCAACACCCAUUGACUCCCAUAGUAGGAAAAACUACUUUCCCAUUUUUUUGUUCUGUUGAAAACACAAAAAAAAUACAUUUUGAAGAAUGUAGGACAGCAAACAGUUCUGGGGCACUUUUGACUAUUAUUGGAGACAAUGGGUGUUAAGAUCUGUUUGGUUAUAAGCGAUAUUCCAAAUAUCUUUCUCUGUGUUCAUCAGAACAAAGACAUUGAUACAUAUUUGGAACAACUCGAAGGUGAGGAAAUGAUGACCGAUUUUUCAUUUUUGGGUGAAGCAUCCCUUUAAAUCGUUAAGUAAAUCAUUACAACAUAAAAUCGUUAAUAAAUUGUCAUCUUUCAAGUAUUUGUGACGGGUUUUCCUUUUUGCAAGAAUAGCUGAGCAGAGCUGUACUAUAAGAUAGUUUAACUUCCAUGUUACAUGUAAAAAGAAACCAAUACUACCUAACAAAGAACCUUUAAGUAACCCUGAUCUUUGAGUGUGUUUUUUACCAUUAGUAUUAUUUCUAUGAAAUCCUCAGCCCUGUCAUCAGAUCUGCAGUUUACUUGGCGCCAGCAUUUUUGUUCAUGCAGAAUUGCCCAGUGCAUAUAGCAUCAUUCGUGAUCAUUUCUAUAGAAUAUUUUGCAACAAUAUGGUCGUGUCGCCUCGGUUAGUUCCAUCACGAAAUCAACGUCACACAUCUUAUUUCUGAGUCUCAACAACAUCAUUGGACAGGUACUAAUGGAAUGGAAUAGACACAUGGAUCCAAUUCCCGAGGUGUUUGUAUCACGUACAAACAAACUAAUAAACCUUUACCUCUCUGACCCAAUGUUUCCAUGUGCCCACACACAGUAUAAUGCAGCAUGGGCUUUCCGUCUAAAAUUGCCUAAUAAUUGAAAAGCUUUACACUGUAAUUAGUUACGUAAAAAUAGAUUUUUUAGACAUUUGCAAUUUCGUCACUGCUGUCGAGACAAUAAAUAGGAAUAACUCAGAAUAUUGGGUACAGGCAUAGUGAUUGAUGUUAAAGGUUCACCCAAAAAUAACAAUUCAGUCCUCAUUUACUCAUCCUAAUGUCAUUCAAGACCUGCAUAGGACUUUUUUUGAAAAUGGCUGUGUCCACACAAUGGAAGUCAAUGGGAUCCAGUGUUGUUUGGUUACCAUUAAUGUAUCUUCUUUUGUGUUCUAAAUACAGGUUUGGAAGACCCGUGUAGGGCAAUGAUAAAAGAAUUGUAAUUGUUUUGGUGCACAAGCUGCACACUCUUGCUUUAAAUUUGUUCAGGUAAGUCAGAUAAAUAUAUAUUUUUUAACCAUGUUACUUUCAUGAUCUGGGUGAUUUGACUAAUGGAAUUUGCUGUUGUGAUGAAACAGAGAACAGUGUGGUGAGAGUGCAAUGCUACAAUCAUUUCAAGAUCAAUCUCAUUUGCCUUCAAUUAAAACCUAACUUAUUGACUGAUAUUGUGAUGGAUCGUCUCUCACGUGGUAAGCCUGUGUGGCAGUGAUUGUAGAUAAUUCCUUAAAUAGGCAGCGUUUUCAGAUUCACAAAAGAACACAGUAACGCGUUCGCAUGCGAGGAAUGACGCACCACACGAGACCACCCCUCCAUCACCAUAUAAAAAGGCCAGCGCGUACAGCGCAAUGCUCACUGUACGGAGAGAACUGGGUGCUGCGCAUCCCUUUCCCACAUCGCGACAACCACACAGCCGUUGUGAAUGAUACCGAAAAGGAGCAUGGAGGUGAACACAACUGAUAAGCCAGUUCUUUCAGUUGAUUGCACCGAGACGCUCACCCGUAGCAACUAUCAUUCUAAAGGCAAUGCAACAGCUGAUGCGCGUGUGCAAUGCAUAAAAGCCAAAGCAGGGAACGGCGCGUCGUGCCCAGCGAGUCUGCAGGUUCCAGACGCACAUUUCCAUGCGGCCAAACACCCCAUCAUAAAAACCGUCACAUCGCACUGGAAACAUCCAAAGGCACGGGUCGUGAGGUCUUCCAGCAUCGGAAACCGGCACUCGUCCCCUGAACGCAAACCUCGGAGAUCUGUGGACGCAUUCUCCGUGUCUCAGCUCCAUAAAACCGGGCAUAUGCGACACGAGAGUGGAAACGAUGAUCAAGUCACCGUAAAACGCAGUCAUUAUCGGCGCAUUGUUGUGCUCGGCGCACCCCGAGUUGGUAAAACGGCAAUUGUACGGCGUUUCUUGGGUGAUGGGUUCCAAGAACAUUACGAGCCAACGACCGAAGACUUUCACAGCAAACUGUACCACAUCCGAGGUGAGAGAUACCAGCUGGAUAUCCUGGACGCGUCCAAAGAAAGAGACUUUCCUGCCAAACGAAGGCUGUCUAUUCUGACAGGUGACAUAUUUUUCCUGGUGUUCAGCGUGACUGACAGAGAGUCUUUCCAAGAAGUCUGCGCAUUACGCGAGGAGAUUUUCGCCGCUAAAUCCAAGCUGGCAAAAGCCAAAGAAAACGGACAGGUUCCUAUAAUAAUGUGCGGCAAUAAAGUUGACUUAACUCCCUCAAGAGUUGUGCAUCAGUCAGAUAUCAGUAACAUCUUUGGGAAGGACAGAGUCCUCUUCGAGGUGUCCGCCAAAGACUGCACCAAACUGGAGGAGAUGUUUGAGGCUCUGGCGGUGCUGGGAGGACUCCCCACAGAAACCAGACCCUCUCUUCAUCGAGACAUCUCCAUUAACACGUAUCAAGCGAUGAGCAAUAGAAAGAGAAACAAACGAGCCAUGAACGAGCCGUGUGGGGCUGUGCAUCCGCUCGCGCGCAGACCGAGUUUCGGCAGUGAUCUGCGGCGAGUGAUGGGGCCGACAACCCCCAAACGAAGUACACCUAUUGAGAGGUGUCAAAUACAGUAAAAGAGUUACUAAAGUCACUCUGUUUUAAACCUUUGAAUAAUAAUUAUUCAACUAUGUAAGAAUUAUUAUAUUCUAUAUAUGAAUCUCUGGCUGGACCAGGGGGCACUUUUAUGAAUGUAUUUGUGAAGCAUAUUUGCAUGUUUUCUUUAUAUUGAGUGUAUUACCUCAACUUUGUAGACUUUCUUGAUAUUACGAGUAAGCCAAUUUUACCUCAAUAAAUCAAAGUUUUUCUGAGAACAAUAAAAGACGCAAUGCGCGUAAGACCAAACGAGUUGUCCAUCUUUCUAUUUAAAAAGCUAGAUCAUUUAAAAAAAACUUUUUUAUUAUUUCAGGGACUGUUUUAAAGACAGCAAAAAUUGAAAUCCAAUGCACACACCAAACGCGUUCACGAUCCCAUUACCUUCAAUGUCAGCAAAAUCCUAUCGUUCUUACUGUACACCUCCGCGUUUUAAGUGUGUGACCAUUUAUGGACGAACAACGUGAAGAAACGUGGGUGGUGAAGCAUAUCUCUCAUAUUCUGAGGUAUAUUGAGUCAUCACUGUAUCACUUGUGCUGGCGUCACAUGUGUCAUUUUAGUAAGAAAGUGCGCCUACAUGCGUCAAUCUCAGACAAUGGAAUCGUGCUGGGCAAAAUACAAAUAAUACAACAAGUUGUUCUAUCGCCAGUAAAAGAGAUGAAGCUGACCUUGAAAUGCAGCGAGAAGUCAUCCAACAAUGACACGUCACGUAUACACACUGUAUGUUAACAGAACAAAACGCACGCAUCUCGAUGCUCGAUACAGCCACCUUAAAAGCGAUCAGUACCAUGGACAGCGAACAGCUUUUAGUUAUAUCAAGAUUUCUAUCAUGAACGGGACAUGAAAAUAAAAUUAUUUGAGUAAGAAAUAAACUUAGUAUUAUACAA